CGAAAUCUCCGGGGAAAAGCUCCCGGAGACGCGGCCGCUGUGGGAGGUCCAUCUCGUGAAGUACCCCACCGUGAACGCGGCGGGGAACGUGAUCUUCAAGAUUCACCAUGUCAUCGGAGACGGAUACUCGCUGAUGGCCGCGCUGCUCUCUUGCUUCAUGCGCUCCGACGACCCUUCUCUGCCCUUGACCUUCCCAAAGAACCGAAUCCGGCGAUCCUCGGCAGCAGAUGGCCGCGCUGCUUUCUUGUCCAGAGCUCUGACGUCGGUCAUCAAUACGGCAUCGGAUCUGUGGUUCAGCUUCUCGAAGACCAAUUUUUCGGAGGAUGAUCUGUCGCCUUUACGGUCUGGAGAUCCGGCUGUCGGUUCCCGCCCCAUCUCUGUGGUAACAUUGACGUUCUCUCUUGAUGACGUCAAGGCGAUGAAGGAUCAUCUGGGAGUGACUGUAAAUGAUGUAAUAACAGGGACCAUAUUCCUGGGGACGCGACUGUAUAUGCAAGAAAAAGAUCCAGGAUCAGAGGAUGCAGAAAUUACAGGACUGGUAUUGAUGAAUACGAGGAUGCUCCGAAGCUACAAUUCGAUUAAGGAAAUGGGGAAACUGAAGACAACCUCCCCGUGGGGAAACAAUUUCGCCUUUGUCCAUGUCACCGUCCCCAAGCUUACUGCAAUUUCAGAUGAAAAUAAUGAUCAGUCGAGGAUGCGUCAGUGUGCUCUAGAAUUUGUGAGGGCGGCUGGUGCUAUCAUUAAAAAGAAGCGGGUUUCUCUCGCCAUUCCUGUCACUGCCAAGCUCCUUGAACUUUAUCGGAAAAUGAAAGGGCAUGAGGAUCUUUCCAUCAGCGUUAUCAGCUACAUGGGACAGCUGCGGGUAUCCGUUGGAGCAGAAAAAGGGUUCAUAGACCACGACAAGCUCAAGUCUUCCAUUCAAAUGGCAUUCCACCAUCUUCGCAACUCUGCAUGUCAUUAGAAUUAUUUUUCGAGUUUCCUACGAAAAAGGAUAAAGUUAUAAAACUUAUAUCAUGAAAUAAUUCCUGCCAGAUGUGAUGGUAACAAGAAAACAUAAUUCGACAACCAUAGAACCAAGUGGGGGAAGGAGCUUAUGUGAGUGCCGGUCUCGGUAUAACCCACCUUGGAUUUAAAAGUACUCCUAAAAUUUAUAUGUAAAAUGCAAGUUACACAUGAUAUCCAAACCUUGUAUCAUGCAAUAAUGGAUUCAAACAAUCAUAGAACUGUAUAGCUUAUGUCAUGCAUUUGUCUGGCCUUUGAUGGGGGGAUUGAAGGACGGCCGAGAGGAGGAACGGCGACAGGUUAGAGCUUCUGAUUUUCGGCCGGAUGUUCUACAAAGAGGGAAAAGAAAGGUAAAGGUGGAGAGAGAAAGGGCUUCCCAAAAC